GAAGUGCUUUCUCCACGUGUGAGGACAACAAAUUGCAUCAUUGCACUGCAAGAGGACAAACGAUCUUGUGUGAAUCAUCGUUGGUUGUUUCCUUACUAGCGAUCAUCCGACAAUUCCUGGGGAUGGUGACUUUAUACCGCGCUCUCAGGCAAGUUUUUAGCGAUAUUCAUUUCAGACUGGGUGCCCCGACAAUGCCCGAGUCCAUCAGCACAGCAGUGCUACAGAACUCCACGAGGACUGUCGUUGUAGGCCUGGGGAACUACAGUAUGCCUGAUACCAGACACAGCGUGGGGAUGAGGGCGGUAGACAAGCUGGCGCAACACUACGACAUGCAGUGGAGAAGAGCAAGAGACUGUGGCGGCGACGUCGCGACUACAACUCUCGACCAACACAGUGUGAUCGUCCUGAAACCGCGAUCGUUCAUGAACGUCAACGGCGAAAGCGUCGCCAGGACCGUUAGAAGAUUCCAGGUGAAACCAGAAGACGUUAUUUUAGUUCACGACGACUUGGACAAGCCCCUUGGCACGUGUGUGCUGAAAGAAGGGGGAUCGGCGAGGGGACACAACGGGGUUCGGUCGGCCAUCAGUUGUCUGAACUCUACCGCCAUGCGGAGGGUACGUGUCGGGAUCGGACGACCGGCAUCGAGGGAAAAAGUGACUUCCUUCGUUCUUGGUCGUUUCAGCAGAGAGGAAGAGGAAAUGGUCACGUCCAUGCUGGACAGUUGUGUAGAUAUUCUCGUCAAGCAACUUAGGGAAAAGUCGGCCAAGUCUGGCGUACAAUAAUACGCGCUACGAUAUACUGCAAUUUUUAACACGGCUACUAGGGGGCGCUUAUUGUAAUACGCUUAUUGGGCAAUUUUUGUCAGAGAGGAUUACCUCUACUAAUUUCCUAAAUUGUAACUCAGGAAGAACUCUUUAAUAUAUUGAUACUGUACAAUGAAUUACUGGGGAGAGAAGAAUGCACUUCAAUGACUACUCAUGAUGUCAUGACGUGUUACUACUAGUACUUUUCACGUCGAUCAUAACUUCAAGUAGUAUUAUAUUAAACGUUUGCUGAUAGUAUUAGUCUUGUCAGUAUGUUAGCUGUACUAGUACUUUUGUAUUUUAAUGCUCGCACUUAGCUCGAUAGGACACAACACAUCAUGUGUGCGGUACACAUUAUCACAUAUUCGCACUCACACCGAUUAAAAAUAUGAUAGG